UCAUUUAUUAAAAUCAAAUUUUCCCAUGAAUUUAUUGUCUGUUUAAUAAAAAUAUAGUGGAAGAUUUGUAUUUUUUGUAUAUAAAGAUUACAACUUUUCCCCUUUUUCGCGUGAUUAUAUGAAUUUGAUGCUUGCUUAAUUGCUUUGUGGUUUGGUGGGAUACGUCAUCUUAUUUGAUGAACUUGCAGAUUAUUUUGCAUCUGGGUUAGUAUUUAAUCUCUUAUUUUCCAUAAUAAUAUAUGGGCCAGUAGUUAUGAUUUCUGUGUAUUUUACAAAGUCUCUUGUUUUGGUAUACAUAAGUCGUGUAGACGAAAUUUGAUCCAAGUCUUGUAUACGACCCCGAGACUAGUUAUCUAGUCUUCAUCCACUAAUGUCAGUAUUUUUUUUUACUUGGGUUUACUUUCUUUAACUUGGGUGAUGAAGAAUAUUUCCUUGUUUAAUCUAUUUAGUUUAGGUAGUUUUUGUUUUGAGUUGUUUCCUAGUUGAGCUCGUGAUGUGGAUUUUUUUGGUAGGUACCCAAAUUAUUAUAAGUAUUAUUAGAAGUACAAAUUGAGUGAAAAAAGAUCAGGAAUGGCUAUUGCAGAAGGAAUUCUGCAUUAUCUUUCUGGGCCUGCUCUUUGGCAUCCAAUCCUUCAAUCUGAUUCUGUUCUUAAAUCCAACUUGAGCUACUCAGGUUUUUUGACAUGUACUAAAAAGUUAGAGGGUUCAAGGGGGAAGAGAAAUCUCCUGAAAUUCGGUAGUUGUUACCGGAGGGAAAACUAUGUUCUUCCUUGGAGAAGUAGUAGAGUUAAGAGGCUUGAUUGUUUGAGUUCAGAUAGUUUAAAUGGACCCUCGUAUUCUAGUGGGGGUGAAGAGUACAAACCAAAUUCGAAUGAUGUUAAUGUUAAUCUACAUGUUAAUGAAGUCAUAUCCAGUGAAAAGUUAGCUGCUGCUGCAGCAAAAAGUGAGAAAGCGUUGAGGAUUAAUGCGGAUUCAUUAGAGGAUGAGGCGUGGGAGCUACUUAGAGAAUCCAUUGUUUGCUAUUGUGGUAGUCCUGUGGGAACGAUUGCAGCUAAUGAUCCAACCUCCACUAGUAUUCUGAACUAUGACCAGGUCUUCAUCCGCGACUUUGUGCCUUCUGCAAUAGCAUUUCUUUUGAAGGGCGAGUAUGAUAUUGUUCGGAACUUCAUCCUUCACACCCUUCAAUUGCAGAGCUGGGAGAAAACCAUGGAUUGCCAUAGUCCAGGGCAAGGGCUGAUGCCUGCCAGCUUUAAAGUACGAACUAUUGCCCUAGAUAGCGAUGAUUCUGCCACUGAAGAAGUACUAGAUCCUGAUUUUGGUGAGGCAGCAAUUGGCCGUGUUGCUCCAGUUGACUCUGGACUCUGGUGGAUUAUAAUGUUGCGAGCAUAUGGAAAAUGCACUGGAGAUCUUUCAGUACAAGAAAGGAUUGAUGUUCAGACUGGAAUGAAAAUGAUUUUGAAGCUAUGUCUUGCUGAUGGUUUUGACAUGUUUCCAACUCUGCUGGUGACUGAUGGCUCUUGCAUGAUAGAUCGUCGUAUGGGAAUUCACGGCCACCCCCUUGAAAUUCAGGUGGUUUUUUAUUCGGCAUUGCUCUGUGCACGUGAGAUGCUUACUACUGAAGAUGGAUCAGAUGAAAUUAUAAGAGCACUUAACAGUCGGUUGUUUGCACUAUCAUUUCAUAUCAGGGAGUACUACUGGAUUGAUAUGAGGAAACUCAAUGAAAUUUAUCGUUACAAGACUGAAGAAUAUUCGUUUGAUGCAGUAAACAAGUUCAAUAUCUACCCUGAUCAAAUCCCACCAUGGUUAGUGGAGUGGAUGCCUGAAAAAGGUGGGUAUCUGAUAGGAAACCUGCAACCUGCUCACAUGGAUUUCAGAUUCUUCUCACUCGGAAACUUCUGGUCAAUAGUAAGCAAUCUGGCAACACCAACUCAAUCACAUGCCAUAUUAGAUUUUGUUGAAGCAAAGUGGGCUGAUCUCGUGGCGGAUAUGCCCUUCAAAAUUUGUUAUCCUGCCCUUGAAGACCAAGAGUGGCGAAUUGUCACAGGAGGUGAUCCAAAGAACACUCCUUGGUCAUAUCACAAUGCAGGUUCAUGGCCUACUUUGCUCUGGCAGCUAACUGUGGCUUGCAUCAAGAUGAACAGACCAGAGAUCGCUGAGAAAGCUGUGAAAAUUGCUGAGCAACGUUUAUCAAAAGACAGAUGGCCUGAAUAUUAUGACACAAAGGGAGCUAGGUUCAUUGGAAAACAGGCACGCAUGUUUCAGACAUGGUCUAUCGCAGGUUAUCUGGUGGCCAAACUCCUCCUUGCCCAACCUCAGAAGGCGAAGAUCUUGAUAAAUGAAGAAGACUUGGAUCUUGUUAAUGCUUUCUCUUCUAUUAGUGCUAACUCACAGAAUAGAAAACGAUCUAGAAAGGGACACAAACGGAGUUACAUUGUCUGAGUUGUUAGGCACCUUUUGCUGGAUGAAGUAGCCACCUACACAGUUGGUUCAAGUGCAAGAAUCAAAGCAAGUGUUGUUUCAUUGAAAAUAAUAAAUCAGUUGUGCAACAUCAUUUUCUUAUAUAUUGGUAUGAUAUGACUUAAGUUUUGAAAUACACAUUUAGAUGGGGAGCUAAUGACUAUUUCAUGAUUCAUGCCUCUGUUGUAAAUAUGUUGUGGCAUAACUUAAAAAUACUUGUAAUAAAAGUACGGAUAUGUUUCCAAACUUUGCCCCAAAUAAAUGAUUUGGCUUGACAAUACAGCCGGCAUAUAUAGUCUUUAAGCAGUGUAUUGAGCCAAUCACUCCAGCAUAACCAAGCAGAUAGACAACAGAUUCCAAGAAACAAGGCUAUCUAAAAGCAGGACUCCAAAUUAGUGAAGAGAUCUCCACUGGCACAGCAAUAAACAUUAUUAGUUGUAGCCUGUAUUCUGUAAGAUGUAUUGAUGUACAUUUAGGGACCAUAAUGUAGAACAUCGUAUGGC